CGCUGACUAUAGUAUCAGGGAAAAACAGCCUUUGCUGCUAAAAAUCCAAAUUUUCGAUUUCAAUUUAAUAAUUAGAUCACUAAUAGUUUCGUUUUUGUGAUCAUUACAAAACUAGCAUAGAUUGAAUAAACCGAGACUGAAACACCAGCCACACGUAAAAAUAUAUAUUUCAUGUUUUGGUGUGAAUAAAUUAUCUAUUUACCGAUAAGUUGUUUUCGGAAUCACAAAUAGAUAAUACCCCUAAACUUACAAGACCGGUAAAAAUGCCUAAUCGGUAUACGAUCUUUGGCCAGAAGUCUGGUGACCUGAUAUUGUGAUAAAUAAUAUCGUCUCGGGUACUGAUAAAAUAAAACUUUAAAAACAUUGGAAAUCGCAAUACUUUUUUUUUCUCUUCGUAGCGAGAUGGGUAUGUUAUUUGUUUCCGCUCUGUUCGUCCUUCAUUUUGUGUACGCGAGGGCCGAUACGCCUGCAAAUUGUACAUAUGAAGAUAUCCGUGGAACAUGGGCAUUUUACGAAGGAGAAAGAAGUGAAAACAGCAGCGUGCAAUGUUCGAAAUACAAAGGGCCAUCUGUAAAUAUUUUUAAAAUUGAACUACUGUUCCCCGACAUAGCUAUUGAUGAAUCAGGAAAUAAGGGCUUCUGGACCUUGAUUUAUAAUCAAGGUUUUGAAGUACACAUCAAUUAUAGGAAAUAUUUUGCCUUUUCACUGUACAAAAAAUCAAGUGAAGGGAAUAUUACAAGUUAUUGUGAUGCUGUGUUGCCAGGAUGGAGUCAUGACAUCCUGGGAAGAAAUUGGGCAUGCUAUAAUGCUCGAAAACUAGCACCUCUGGUUGGCCCUAAACAUCAUGAAGAUAAUCAUUUGCUUGAAGGAAGUGGCUUUUUCCAUCAAGAUAAAAACUUUAUCAGACGUAUUAAUGCUGCUCAGAAAUCAUGGACAGCAAAAGCUUAUCCAGAAUUUGAAGGUAUUCCAGUUGCUGAUAUUAUUCGAAGGGCAGGAGGAGUAAAAUCUCGAAUUCAUCAAUAUCCACCUGUUCGAUCUGAGAGUGCAUUUGAUUCUGAAGAAAUCUUCCAAAGUUUACCCGAGGAAUUUGACUGGAGGAAUGUGAGUGGAGUGAAUUAUGUCUCUCCUGUUCGAGAUCAAGGAGAUUGUGGCAGUUGCUAUGCCUUUUCAUCCAUGGCCAUGUUGGAAUCUCGUUUAAGAAUAGUUACUAAUAAUAAAGUGCAAGUGACAUUUUCUCCUCAAGAUAUUGUUGGUUGCUCAGAAUAUUCUCAAGGGUGUGAAGGAGGAUUUCCAUAUUUAAUAGCUGGGAAAUAUGCCCAGGAUUUUGGGGUUGUCCCCGAACAAUGCAGUCCAUAUGAAGGCAAGGAUGACAAGUGCAAAACAAAGAAAUGCAAGAGAUAUUAUGUUGCAGAUUAUAAAUACAUUGGAGGAUUUUAUGGAGGUUGCAAUGAAGAUUUAAUGAAAUUGGAACUUGUGAAAAAUGGCCCUAUUGCUGUAUCAUUUAUGGUCUAUUCUGAUUUCCAGCAGUAUAGUGGUGGAAUUUACCAUCAUACAGGAAUUGAAAAUUAUCGCUUUAACCCAUUCUCAAUAACAAACCAUGCAGUUCUAGCUGUGGGUUAUGGUGCUGAUAAGAAAACAGGCGAAAAAUAUUGGAUUGUGAAGAACAGCUGGGGGCCAGAAUGGGGAGAAAAUGGUUAUUUCAGAAUUCGUCGAGGUACUAAUGAAUGUGGUAUUGAAAGCAUUGCUGUUGCUGCAAAAAUCAUUCCUUGAUAUGUGGAAUGUUAUACAUAUAUGAUAACUGUAAUUUUGCAAUUUUUGUACUUAAAUAAAUAAAAAAAAAUAAAAUGAUUUUUAUCUUUCAAAUAA